CCCGUGAAGGCAGCGGGAUGCAUCCAGUCAGCGCGCCGCAGCCGUUAGUAGUAAAACCAUGCAAAGAUGGCGGAGCUACAAAUGCUGCUGGAGGAGGAAAUUCCUGCAGGACGAUCAGCUCUUCUGGACAGUUUUACCAACCUGGAAAGAGUAGCCGAAUACUGCGAAAGCAACUAUGUCCAGUCAGCAGACAAGGAGCGAGCACUGGAGGAGACGAAGAGCUACACCACGCAAUCUCUGGCUAGCGUCGCCUACCUCAUCAACACGCUGGCCAACAACGUGCUGCAGAUGCUGGACAUCCAGGCGUCUCAGCUCCGCCGCAUGGAGAGCUCCGUCAACCACAUCUCACAGACCGUUGACAUCCACAAAGAGAAGGUGGCGAGGCGGGAGAUCGGCAUCCUGACGACCAAUAAGAACACGGCCCGCUCACAUAAGAUCGUUGCCCCAUCCAACCUAGAGAGGCCGGUGCGCUACAUCAGGAAGCCCAUCGACUACAACAUGCUGGACGACAUCGGACACGGAGUCAAGUGGUUGCUGAGGUUCAAGGGGAAUGGCCAGCAGAACAUGAAACUAGGAGGGGGACUCUCCCGGUCCAACCCCCCCACCCAGAAACCACCCAGCCCUCCGAGGGCCGGCAAGGGCAUCUUUGGGAAGAACUCCCCCUACAGGACUCUGGAGCCGGUGCGCCCCCCAGUGGUGCCCAACGAUUACGUCUCCAGCCCAACCAGAAACAGUCCGGCCGUGGGACCGCUGCUCAGUCCGGGCCGCACCGCCACACUCAACCACCGACCCCGAACCUACAGUGGUAGCAGCGGCGGCAGCCAUCCCAGCAGCAGCAGUCGGAGCAGCAGCAGGGAGAAUAGUGGCAGCGGCAGUGUGGGCAUUCCCAUCGCCGUGCCAACGCCUUCCCCGCCAUCCAACUUCCCAGGUAACAUCGUCCCUCAGUUCUUUAGCAUGAACCGGCCUCAGCCCCGACAGCAGGCUCUACAGGUGGGGGGGUCGCUGCCAUACCGCCGCCCCCCCUCUGUGACCGGCCAGCCAAUCGUAACAGAGAACCAGAUUAACGGAGGCCCCUACUACAACCAAAGCCCAGCUUCCCCCCCGCCCCCCUCUUUCCUCCAGUUCAGUCCUCAGCUUCCUCUGAUGGGUUUCGUUGCUCGAGUUCAGGAGUCCAUCUCAGACACCCCUCCCCCGGCUGCUGAGAGCCAAUCAGGGCCCAAGGAGCAAGUGCUUACUCCGAGUCCCCAGCCGCUGGAGGAUGGACGUGAAGAGGAGGACUCGGCCAUGGUGGAGUACAGCGACCCGUAUGCGGAGGAGGACCCACCAUGGGCCCCCAGGAGCUACCUGGAGAAAGUGGUAGCCAUCUACGACUAUGCGGCCGACAAAGAGGACGAGCUGUCGUUCCAGGAAGGAUCGAUCAUCUACGUCAUCAAGAAGAACGAGGACGGCUGGUACGAAGGCGUGAUGAACACCACCACUGGCCUGUUCCCAGGAAACUACGUGGAGUCUAUCAUGCACUACGCCGACUGACUGGGACGGAGAGGGACUGUUUGUGUGUCUUUGUCUCCGGAUGUGUGUUGUCUCAUUGCAGUUCAGUGUCUUGGACCUGAACCGGAAGAGAGAUUUACUUCAGAUUCACACAAACCAAUCAGAGAAUCAUAUUUUAGUGUGAGUGUAGUUUAUUAGACAGAAUCAGAACCUGUAAGUGAGACUUUGUUUUGUUUUAACAUGUGUCUCUUUUUACCCAUAAGGCCUUGCAUUUUGGGGUUUCUAAAUGCUGGUUCGGAUAAUAAGCAUUAAUACGUUCUCCUGUUGGAGGACUUGGAGGCUUUUCAGGCAUCUUGUUAUAUAGUGUUAUAACUUUUCUGUUUUUCCACACAAUCUCAGACGACAAGAAAAGAUGCAUUCUUUUUAUAUUUUUCUUGUGAUCACAAGAAAUUGGUUUUAAGGUGCCGAUAUAACAGGUUUGUUUUCCAGAAAUCAGAAAAUAAUUCAGCAAAAUCUCACUUUUUUUCCCUCUCUAAGUCAGAACUCAGUUAAAUCUGAACACGCAGACCAUUGUCCAAAAGAUACUGUUUCUAAUUCCACGUCGUCCCCAGGGAGCGUGUCGGCCUGUGAAGCUAAUUGAACAUAACGUCCGAACAAACAGUGGACCCAAAAAUACUUUCCCCCGCAUUCUAACACGGAGAAAGGGGCGUUAUUUAGCCUGAUAUAGUCUUCUUGCUUUGUGUCUGUCUGCAUCACAACCCCUGCGAAUCUGAUCCAUUUAUUCAAAUAACAUUAAGAAAGUCUAGAAGGACUGCAUGAUUAAAUGAUUUAUUCCCCGUUCCAGUUAACGGAGCGCUCAACAGGAAGUAGCUAUGAGCUGUGAGCAAGCAUCGACGAGGGAUCUCUGAGGAGCUGUGAGUGAGGAUGGAGAAGGGAUAUCUGAGGAGCUGUGAGUGAAGAUGGAGGAGGGAUAUCUGAGGAGCUGUGAUAUAGGAUGGAGGAAGGAUAUCUGAGGAGCUUUGAGUGAGGAUGGAGGAGGAAUAUCUGAGGAGCUAUGAGUGAGGAUACAAAGAGCAGUCUUUCUGGAAGCCGUGCAGCUGCUAACUCCGCCCGAACAGCUGACGAAUUCACAUGAUGCUUCAAAGGAAAGGAUGUCUUAUCCCUCUAAAAACAGUUCCCCUCUACUCCCAUGCUUCCUCAGGACAGACUAAGAAAAGGAGGCAAGUGGAGGAAACUCCUGGUUCUAUAACACAUCCAUAAGUAAGACACCACCUGAGAUAAGACUUUGGAGAUAAAAGGAGAGCAAAACAAGCAAGUGUUCAAGGAGACAUUUAAAGUAAAAAAAAAUGUGUCUUUGUCUCAAUGGGAAAAGUUGUAAAAACAGGUCAAGUUAAUUUUCUCACCUAAUCUUUGGCACGUUGUUUUUCAAUCGUGGAACAAUAAUUUCAUGCUCACAGGAAAACAUAUCUUGUUAUUUUCAGGUCUUUAAUUUUAGCUGUGAUCAAAAGAAAAACAAUGCAUGUACUAGACUUCAUUAUGUCUUCUCUGGGCUUCCGUAGUUUUAACCUAUCCUUUCACCACCCCACCCUUCUCUGAAAUAGGCUAUUUACCAUCUUUCCCCUGAAGCAAAGACUUGAGAUUAUUUUUUUGUAUUAAAUAAGUAGGUGCCCAGAAGUAAUUUGAAACAGCCUAAAAAGAGAAGUUUGAAAGGAAGCAAAAGACAAUUUUGCACUAAACAUUAAAGGUGCUCUAAGUGAUGUCACAUGUUUUUAUGCUACAAAUGUUUUUGUAACACACCGCGAACAUCUGCUCACUAUCUGCUAGCUGCCUGUCCCAAGAACACACUGUAAAAACAUCUCACUAUCUGCUAGCUGCCUGUCCCCUGAACACACUGUGAAAAACAUCUCCUCACUAUCUGCUAGCUGUCUGUCCCCAGAACACACUUUGAAAAAAAAUCUCACUAUC